AAUUUAAGACUGUCAAGUUUUGUGGUGUAUAUUCGGCCUUGGCUGAAUCUAGUUUUCGCAAGUUUUACCAUUUAUUCCUUUUAGACCUACCCCUCCCCCCUGUGAAAUAUUAGUUGUCACAACAUUCCGUAACCAGUCUCCUUGAACGCGCACGCGGUCCUUUCAAAAUGGCUUCCAAAACAAGGAAACCUAAAACACCUAACUCCAAAAGUCCACAGAAGCGAGCCUCGCAGACUGAUUCUUACAGCCCUAAAGUAGCAGAUUCUCCGAGGGCCAGGCCAACCAAUGAGCUCGGCAGAAGGCUUAGGGACCUUUGUGUUUCAUGGCACGAGAGUGUUCACAAAUGGACAAAUCUCAAUUCGCUUGGGACCAACGUGGCGAACAAGCUCAUGAAUUUACAGCUACAAGAUCACUAUAGCGAUGCUGAAGGAACAAACUCAGUAUCAGUCCUGGAUGAAACAAGUGAAUCAGCUAGCGCCGAGCUACAAGAUGAAAUCGUCAGAACGUCACAAGAGCUUUCAACUAUUUUACAAAAGAUGGAUGGAAUUGUUACAAAAAUGGAAUCUCUAUCGAAAAAUUUCGAAGCUGCCAAAGAACUGGAUAAAAUGAAAGAGGCGACAUGUGAUCAGAAUGAUGGGAAAUGUAUAUUCAAAACCUGGACUGUCGACAAAUAUUGCAAUACUUCAAACAAAUUACUCGCCAUGUACAGGAAGGAAUUAACCUUGAAAGAGAAACUGUUUUCUUCAUUUACCUCAACCAAAGAUAGAACUACUUUAAUGGUGUACUUAUCGCUUUGGCUACAUAGUCCUUAUAUAGAUAGAGAUCACGAUAUUUUAUUAGAAAGUAUGCUUGUUGAGACGGAUCUACGGUAAUAGAUUGAUAGAGUUUAUAUAAAUAAAUCACAAAAUUGAUAAACACGUUUAUAUACAUUAUGAUUGCCUCCGUUCUUUAGCUCGCCUUCGAUAGCUCAGUUGGUAGAGCGGGGGACUGUAGAGUUAUCACUGUAAUCCCUAGGUCGCUGGUUCGAAUCCGGCUCGAAGGAUUUUUUUUUCUUCUCAAUGUAUGGAGUAAGCAAAAUAAAAGGCUUAGAAACAGAUGAAAAUAAA